AUGACUAUAUAUAUUUUUAUUAAAAACGUUCGUUUUCAGGCUCCUGAGAAUGAGAAGAUCUACGAACCAUACAUUCCAGGCAGUAUAAAGAAAUUGGAUGAGGAAGGAGUACACAACGUACACGAAUGGAAGAUGAAAAAAUGGUCAGAAUUUAUGAAAUCCAUGGAGGGAGAUUUUAAUGAUUUCCUAGAAUAUUUGAAAAAUGAAAAAAAUAGCUGGUUAGAAAAAAAAGGUGAAAUGUGGGAACAAUGGAAAGCAGAAAUGGAAAAAAAAUGGGAGCAGUAUAAGGCAGAUACUUUUAAUGAGUUAUUGGCCACUGAUCAAGAAGCCGCAUUGAACUGGAGUGACGAUGAAUGGACAAACUGGGCAAAUACAAAAGGAAAAACUACAUUGAAAGAGGAAUAUGAGAAAUGGAUUAAUGAUCAAUAUGAGUUUUACAAAGAAGGUAUUGCUAAUGAUUGGAAUAAUUGGAAUGAUUUCAAAAAGAAAGAAUUUGAAGGAAUCCAAUGGAAAGCUUGUGAAGAUAAGUACUGGAAGAAAUACUGGCUUGAUAUCAAUCCUGGUGAUAACCUAUAUGAAAUCAAGACGGGAAUGUAUAAAAAAUGGCAAGAAAGAGUUCAAAAAGAAGAAGAAGAAUGGGCAAAAUGGGUAGAAGAAAAACACAAAGCCCAUAUUGAUGUAGAAUGGGAUAAAUGGGAAGAAUGGAAAAAGGAAAAUAGCAAGCACUUUACUGAGUGGAUGGAUGCUUUUUUCCAAAAAUGGAUAGAAAAUAAACAGUGGAAUGUAUGGACACAAGCAAAAAAAAAUGUUGAUGUAGUAGAAAGCUAUUAG